UGGUUACUGUUCUCUUGUGUCUAACGUCUAAGCCAUAAUUUUGCGACGUUAAUAAAGUUUUAUUCAACGAUAUUGUGUGAUGUUUAGUGCAUAAUUUACUUUAUAAGAAGAUAAUGGGAAAGGACAGAAAGAAACGAGAUGACAUUUGGAAACACUAUCGUGUGGGUCCUGAUAAAUCGGUGACUUGGAAGCAUUGUGAUCAUAAAUAUAAAAUAGCAAACGUCAACAAAAUGGGAGGUUAUUUAUUCAAAUGUGAGAAGUAAAAUAAAGAAUUUGUAUUUGUAAAUGUGAGAAGUGUCCUGCUGUUGUUAAAAAUGAGCUGAAAAGUCAAACUGAUGUAAAUAUCAUCAAUAACACUAACAGUUCCAUUAUAAUGACGACAUCUUCGCAGCCAUCGCUUCCUAUUGGUUCGCUGGAUUCAGAAAAUAGUAAGCAUACUUUGAAUCAGCCCUCGUCGUCAUCACAAAGGCAAUCCACAGAAGAGGAAGAUAUCGAUAGGCUGAUAAUAAAAUUACCAAAGGCAGUAUUCAUUUCUGGAUCACAUUUGAGCCUGGUAAAACAUCCAUUAUGGAUAGAUUUUUUUAAAGAUCUGCAACCAUUAUUUAAGUUACCAUCACGUAAGAUCUUAUCAACUACGCUUCUGGAUAAAGUGUGUGCACGGAAAUUAAAAAAGAGGUGACUGAAUGUUUACAAACAACAAGUUAUUUGCAUUGACGGGUGGACCAAUGUCAAUAACGAAGGAGUGAUAAAUUUUAUUAUUUCAAAUCCUGAACCAUAUUUUGUAAAAAGUUUAUCCACAGAAGAUAUCAGGUAUACCAGUUUGUACCUAAGCGAAGAAAUUAUAAAAGUAAUGCGUGCUCACGGUGAAACAAAAUUUGUAGCUUUGAUUGGGGAUAAUGCCAGAAAUCUCCAAAAAGCUUUCGAAUUAGUAAAAAAUGAUAUUCCACAAAUAGUGCCUCUUAAUUGUGCAGCUCAUACAUUGAACUUGCUAACUCACGACAUUAUUAAAUGUGAAGUUAUCAAGGGAUUUAUUGCAUUAGCUACCGAUGUUGUAAAAACAAUAAAAAAACCAGCUUUCAAACUCAUUACUAAAUAAAAUUAUUAAAGAAAAGAAAACAGGAGAGACCUUAAAAUUGGCCGUAAAACACGUUGGGGUAGCCAUGUAGCCUCCUUAAAAUGUAUAAGCAAAACAAAAGCAGCCCUACUGUCCCUGGCUAUUCACCAAGCCACAGUGCUUCCUUCAGAAACUAAAUCUACUCUUCUAGAUGACAAUUGCUGGAGUAUGUUAGAAGAUUGCAUAGUUAUUUUGGAACCAGUCACCGAGCCUCUUUUUAUUUUUGAGGCAAACAAAUGUAAUAUUCACUAUGUCUUUCCUAUAUUCAAAGACGUGAAGUCAAAACUGGAGUUCAUUUUACCCAACAUAACAAUCAUAAGUAUUGAGGACAAAUAAGCAAUUUUGGAAUCAGUUGAUAAAAGAAAAAAAGAUUGUAUAAAACCUAUACAUUUAGCGGCCUAUCUUUAAGACCCAAAAACACAAGGAAUGGCAUUAAACGAGAAUGAAGAUCUGGCAGCAAUGGGAUUCAUUGAAAUAAUGGCGCAAAAUGACAAUUCUGAUGUAGUCACAGAUUUAGCCAAUUACAAAGCCAGGGAUGGAUUUUGGAGGAAGCGCUUUAUAUGGGUACAAGUUGAAAAUAUAAGUCCUGUAACAUGGUGGAAGGGUCUUUGCUCGUCUAAAAACCUCAGCAGAAUAGCAGUACGCAUUUUGACCGCCCCGUGCACAUCUGCAGCCACAGAGCGAUCUUUCAGUAAGCAUGGACACAUACAUUCUAAGAAGCGAAACCGUUUAACAACCGAAGAGGCAGCUAAACUGGCUUUCGCGUCUUAUAACUGGGAUUUGCUCCACGAGUACAAUCAAAUUGUGGGAUCAGAAGAUAGUGAAUCUCUUAAAGAUAGGAUGACUCCAGAUCAUGUUCAAAACAUUGAACAAUCUGAAGAAAACCAAUCUAGUGAAGAUGAAAGUCAUUACGAUAAUCAGAACAAACGUACUACGGAAGAAAUUAUUUUAGCAACAAGAAUUAUCAAAGCUUGAUAUAGAUUUUUUUUAUUGUGGUCGUAAUACUAGCUGUGAUGAGGAGUGAAAAUAAUAUUAAAUGAGUACCCACUUAAGUACGACUGUGAAUUUAAUUUAAAAAAAUGUUUUGUUUAAUUGUUAAUAUUGGGGACUAAAAUUAACCUCCCAUAGUUCCAUAUUUACUUACACCUGCCCAUCUCUAGUCGGGUGGUUAGGUGACAUGAUUUACAUGAUGAAGGGAAGAGCUCAAGCUUUUCUAACAAUAUUAGUUGUAAAAUCGUGUGGAACGUUAAAUAUAGAUUGCUGGGAUUAUUUACACGCGAAAGAGCUUGACAAUUUUUUUGGCAAUGGAAAUAGUAACAAAUACCUGCCUGAGGUAUGGACCGCGGGAAUAGUCCUGCAAAGAUUAAACGUCUUAUCCCAGCAUUAUGUGCCUGGGAAUCCCCCAACCGUGAGGUGGCCUUGCUUAAAGCUAGGCCCGCCAGUAGCAAUGUGGUUGAUUCCCAAUAAGGGCCACCGCGCGCAAGCAAGGAGAAGAACAUUCCAGGGGUUUUAGUGGACAGGGCUCCCCCAUCCUGGGCAGCCCUUGAACUGGUUAAAGCCGUAAUGACAGGCUCAAAGUCUGCUUUGACAAUUCAGCUUUGUUUGAUAACAACUUUGAUCGCGUAAAACAGUGAUCAUAGGGCACUAUAAUGUUUCCGUCCAAUCAAAGUCGACUUGGACCGCGUUCAACUUUUCAAGCCAACUUUGAUGUGAAAACACGAAACAAAAUGGCGUCGAAUAUAAAACCAGCCAGGUACGAGUCGGACACGCGCUUAACGUUUCAUGCUAUUAUCUAUACAACGAUAGACACUACAUUAUAAUAUCGAGCAAAAAACGUCAAAAACACGUCUGUUGUUUGGGAGCUCCCCUUAAAUAUUU